GGGUGGAUCAAUGGUCGUUUUGUGUGUCUUAACAGGGUCUACGGUCUAGCAGCAACCAAGAAAGAAAAAGUGAAAAAGAUGGGCGAAGCCAGCGCCAACGGAGAUCCACCAAUCACCGCGGCGGAAAUCGCCAAGUUGCUGGAGAAGAGGACGAUAAAAAGAUCUAACAUACCAAGGAUAGACAUCUUCCCAUUCAAAGGGGAUAGGGUGACGCAUUGGUUGGAAGUACUCGAGCAGAUAUUCAACCAACUGACCCCAGCCGAGAAGUUUGCCCAAUUGUUCGAAUAUGUAUGGUGGGAAUGCACCUCUGACGUGGAAGAGGUAGUGAAAAAGUCCAACAAUGAUUGGGCUGAGUUUAAGAGGGGCAUGCAGAAGACAUUUAAGCUAGGAGACGGCAUGCUCACGAUUGACCAUCUCUAUAACAUGAACAGAGAUGACUUCACCACGAUCAGGGCGUUCGCCAAUACAUUCGAAAAGACAGCCGAGAGGGUCCCGAGGCUGUCUGAAGAGAUGCAGUGCGUCAUUUUCCUAGGGAAAUUCUCUGGGUAUGAGGCAAUGGAACUAACUCGAGGAGGAGCCGCUGGGAGAAAGACAACCUGGGAUACCAUCAAAAGAAACAUCGCGGCAGGAAACAUGGACCAAGUGUUCCAUCACCAAAUCAAGGUCGAACGAAAGAAGAGAAAGGCAGUAGGGACGCUCCAAGGAACGGAUAGUAUACUUCGAGGAAUGUUGAGCAAUAUGACAAAUGAGAUAAAAGAGCUUAGGGAAAGAGUGACCUCGUCAAAAGUGUUAACAGUGACACAACCAUCGGGAAAGAGGAGGAAGGAAGGGGGAGAUGGAGAAGAAGAAGCUAAAGAAGGGGAACCCGAAGGAAUGAGCAAACUGACCAAGAAUCAGAGGAAAGCUAAAAAUAUCGCUAUCGGAGGACAAGGCUCAGGAAAAGGACAAGUUACUCAACAGGCAAUAGUCCAGUAUGGACAUGAGCCAUCAACAAGCACAGCGCAAUAUGGCGUGACCCUUAGAAAAGAAGAGGCCAUGGCGCAGAGAGGAGCAGAAGCAGGGCCCUCUGGACCUACCUUGAGAAAGGGGGGGCAGAGGAGGGAACAGAGGAUCUCAAGGAACCUGGAGGAGUUGCCCAUUUACAGGGCUGGAGACAGUCUGCGAGUUUUCCUGCAAGACCUUGAAGAGUACGCUUUCAGGAGAGAAUGGGGUGACAGGGAAAAAAAUGCGAGUGUGAGAGGAGCAGGAAUGUACAAGAGGAGAAUUGAAGGAGCGGUGGCAGGUUGCACAAGAUGGAGAAUAUGCAAGGUGACACUAUGGAGAGACAUGGGGGAAUUCCCAGGGGAUGAUGUGGAGGAUGACUUGAGGUUCGAUGGGACCAAUCUGGAGGACUUUGUUGAGAGCUUGCAGAUGACCGCUGAGAGGGGCGAAUGGCGCGAGGAGGAAAAAAGGAAGCAGUUGAUCACAAAAUCAGACAAAGGCGAAAAGGAGGAAGUAAGAGGAAUUGUGGAAGGAAGUUGAACCUGGAAAAGGAUAACGGCAAAAUUGUGGAUAGCCUACACCCAAGCCAGGCAAGACCAGGCAAGAAAGGAAAGGCUGCAAAAGAAGGGGCUAUGGAUUGGAAGAGAGAUGACUGAGCCACAAGGGAAGGAGGAAGAGAAUGAAUAAGAGGAUAAUGUACCUCUGAAGAAGUUGAAGAACAAGGCGAGGAUCUCCCCCAAGGGCAGCACAAAUGAAUCUGAGCAGGCUGA